GGAGGCCCACUGUAAUAGACGGGUUCAUUCGGUUGACAUCGCAUAACAAUCUACACCACCUUUUCUUGCAAGCUCUCGCGUGCAUACUUGCAAUCAAUCAAUCAAUCAAUCGACAGGAACUGACAUUCUUGUUGGCACCGAUUUCGUAGAAUUAUAUAGUGCGCACAGUUCCUGACUCUCAUAAAAAGUACCAACUUGAUCCCAAACGAUGCCGAAGCUUGCCCUCUCGCGCCGACACCAGCGCCAACGCAACUUAUUGGAAGUUCCCGAUACUUCCGAAAGUACCUUUCCUAACACACCUCGGAAAAUCUCCGAAGAAUCCAUCCAUCACACGAUCUCUGUUGCUUCGACAAGCCCAGUAGCUAGUAUCGCGGACGAUUGUAGCAAUAGUAGCUGCACUAGUAGCGUGGAGUUCCAGCAAGCUCCUGGAGAUGCUUCGGAUUAUUGCUCGGAUUCCGCGAGCAAUAGUCCACCUGUGCUUGAGACCGAGUCGAAUCUUUCUCGCCAAAGUUUGAAACGACCCAUUCAUUCUGUUUGCUUGGUGGACAUGAUGGACACGCACGACAAUGAUGCGUGGAAUCAUACACCCACCGCAAUUCCGGUCUCGCCUUCAUUGGGAGCUAAACCUGUCGCAGCACCGGAAGAACCCGUCUCGCCCUUGUGGGGACACUUUGUGGAAUUGUUCAACGCCCCUACCAGAGACAAUGCGGACGAAAGUGGCGAAUUUGGGAUCCAUACACCAAGGUUCUGCCAUCCCCAAGGCAAGUUACAGUUAGUGCACUCUAAUUCGCACUACAACAGUAGCAACUCUACGAAACAUUCCCGAUUCAUGUUGGGUUCGGCAUCACAAGGUCCGUAUCCUCUCAAGCGGCGGAGAAAGAUGAGUGGCAAUGCCGGAUCCAGUUUGAUGGACGAGUUCAUGCUCGGUGGACCCACGUCUUUCCAAAGCCGCAAUCUCAAGCACAGCAGCAGCACACAACGGAUACAAGAUGCGUUACAAGGGCUGCAAAUGUAGUGACAAUCCAGCACCGCUGCAAACCAGUUUUCCUUUGUGCCGACUUCAACCCUUACCUUAGACAAACCCAAGCUUUGCUUGGCUAAUCCUGACGGACCAAAAGAUACCGCCUCACUGUAACACUGCAUAACUACAGUCCGUAUUAUAUUGUG